UCUCUCUCCGCUGUUGCCAUGCUUGAUCUCGGACGGCGAGCUCUGCGCCACGUGUGCGACUCGGUCAGCGGAGUCAACUGGCGCCCGACGCGGUUCGUCAACGAGCGAAUGCUGGCCGAUUUCGCCUGCUGCGUGUGCCACGUGAUUCCGAACACGACGUUUGUACUGCCCUGUGGUCACGCCUUGUGCGAGCAGUGCCAGCGAGGCUCCGUCCUUGAAGAUGGCGGAAGCGUCUGCCCCUUCGACGGAAAACCCUUCUGCGAGGACGAGUGCGAGAAGGGUCAGAUUGCGCAGAGGCUGAAGCAGAACCUGGAGGCUCACUGCUGGAACGAAGCCCACGGCUGCGAUUUCGUCGGCCCCCUGGCGGUGCUCCUGCAACACUUCGAGGCAGAGUGCGCGUUCCACGUUUUGCCGUGUCAACGUUGCGGCGAGAACAUUCCGAACGCCAAGCUAGCAGCGUGUUGUGUCGGCAGCGGCAGAGUCUGGCAAUCCUUCACGGCUGAAAGCCCAAUCAAGAAGCUUAAUGACAUCAUCUGUGGAGAUGGAAUUAGUACCAAGUACUUCUGGCCACUUUGA